AUGUCAGGCGUCGGGUCGUCUCUCAAGGGUCGUCUGAUUCUCAUCACCGGCUGCACGGGUGGCAUUGGCCAAGCGACAGCGAAAGCCUUUGCCCGUGUUGGCUGCUCGAUUGCCAUACACUACAACGCUGCAUCUUCCAAGGCAAAAGCAGAGACAUUGAUCAACCACUUGAAAAUCCUCGCGCCACCUGACGUCAAGCCCAGAUUCGCCGCCUUCCAGGCUGACCUCUCCCGCUACGACGAGGCGCGCCGUCUACACGCUGAGGUCGUGAGCGUCCUGGGGAAUCCGGAUAUCCUCUUCAGCAACCACGGAAUCGCAGGCCCGAAGAUCGGCCCUGACGGUGACAUCAGGGACAUCUCUCCAGAUAUCUUUGAAGAGGUGUGGCGCACGAAUACAGGCACGAGCUUUCUGCUCGCCCAGCUGUGCGUGCCAUACAUGGAAUCGCAGCACUGGGGCCGCAUCAUCUUCACGUCAAGCGUCGCCGCCGGUAAUGGUGGCGUGAUUGGACCACACUAUGCAUCCUCCAAAUCCGCUUUGCACGGUCUAGUCCACUGGCUAUCUCUUCGCUAUGCCAAGGAGGGGAUCCCCACCCCAGUGCUCACGUCGUCGUCCGUCACCGCAGAUACCGCGAUGAUGGCAAACCCAUCACCAGAGGCCAAGAGCAAGAUCCCCGUAGGUCGAUUGGGAAAGCCGGACGAGAUGGCCGACAUCGUCUUGCUCCUUGCUUCGAAUGGUUAUAUGACCAACAAGGUCAUCGUUGCCGAUGGAGGGUGGACGAUCGGCGGCUUCUGA